AUGAAAGACUUGGGUCCAGCAAGACGAAUUUUGGGAAUUGAUAUUGAGAGAGAUCGUGUGAAGGGGAUUCUGACACUAUCUCAAUCUGGUUAUAUUAGGAAGGUUCUCAAGGUAUUCGACAUAGAUGAGUCAAAGAGUGUGUCAACGCCUGUUGGUGCACAUUUCAAAUUGUCUGUCUUAGACGAUGCUGAAGCAGAGACAAGUAUGGAGGAUAUUCCAUAUGCUAAUGCUAUCGGAAGCAUAAUGUAUGCUAUGAUAGGCACAAGGUGUGAUCUGGGAUAUGCAUUGGGGUUGGUUAGCAUGUUUAUGAAUAAGCCUGGGAAGGUUCAUUGGACUGCGGUUAAGUGGGUAUUAAGGUACCUGAAGGGAACACAAGAUCUGAAACUGUGCUUCAGGAAGAAUGAGGUAUAUAAGGUUGAAGGUUUAUGUGAUUCUGAUUUUUCUUCAGAUUUGGACAAGAGAAUGUCGAUCUCAGGUUAUGUUUUCAUGGCUGGUGGUAAUACAAUCAGCUGGAGAUCAAGUCUACAAAGUGUAGUGGCUCUGUCAACGACUGAAGCAGAGUAUAUGACACUGGUUGAAGCAGUCAAAGAAGGAAUGUGGUUAAGGGGCUUAGCGGAGGAGCUUGGAUUCAAGCAAGACACGGUGGAGAUAUCGUGUUGA